CGAGACGAAAGCCAAGGAGAAGUUCGAGUCUUGCAACGACCUCCGCAUGGUUCUCGCUAUGGCUGAGAAUAAUCACACUUGGAAGACGCUGACUGCUGAGGAGAAGAAGAAAAUCGUCGACUACGUCAACACUUUGACCGCGCAUGACCUCCUGAUGAUCGUGACGGGCCAGCGCUAUGUUGAGCCUGAAGGUGACGUUAUCUCCGAAAAGCUGGCUUACCUGAACUCGUUCAACAUGGUACACUACGUGAUCGAAUGUUGUGAAGGACCAUAGGGAUUCACUGCUUGGCAUAUCUAUUAAAUUUUCGACGUGAGUAUCUAUCGCUAAGUACUAUGCUAAUCAACCUGCUCCAUCCUAUAACAGAUGCAAGAUCUCCUGGAAAAUACUGCGGGCCUCAAGUCCGCAUGCAACGCUUUGGAUUGUGAUGUCGAGUCGGUUAACAACCUUGAUGAACUCGUCGGCAAGAUUCGCCUGGUUUUCA